AUUUGUGUCAGAAGAGGAAAGAGAGGCUAAGUACAACCGAGUAGUUUCAUCAUCCAUUUCAGCUCUUGGAAAGUUGAUGUCUGUAACAUCAAAAAGAAUAGAGCAGAGAUGGAAGAGCUUUUUCUCAACAUACUCCAGCAGAACAAGUUUUGGAAAUAUUCCAAGCACCAGUCUCCUAAUGUACAUAUUAUUUAUUUUUGUUGUUUACUAUUAGCUUACAUCCUAGAUUUCAUUUGUUUAUUUAUGUAUUUAACAGUUUGAUAUUAGAUGUACGUUUCCAACAAGGAAAGGCACAUUAAGGGUGGGAAAAAUAUUUGCAAUGUUUUCUUUUUAUGAGUAACAGUGACACUUACAUGUACGAUAUUUCAACCCACCAAUUUUUCCAUGCAAAACAGGUUUUUGUACUUUCACUAAGGAAACUCAGUUGAUAAAAAUCGCAGUAAACCAAAUAAGCCCAUAAAAAUAUCAAAAUGAGAAUAACUGUUAUCGUUUUUCUGAAAAGUUGCAUCCUUGUAAUAGUGAACUCAAUUUGUAAUGGCUCUGAAUUUGAGUCAGCUCUUCCAUUUACUAUAGUAAAAACUGAAGAUCCCCUUUUUUGGCUUUAUUUUCUGUAGGUGCGGGGUGCAGUGUUCUCCACUAUAAGCCUUGCUUGUGAAACCUUUCCUUCAAUGAUGUUAUCACUCAGCAGUCAGGUGUCCCCUGCUGUGUUGUCAGCACUUGAUGAUUCAGAUCCUGCUGUGUGUCAGUAUCUGUGGGAUGCUGUUUUAUCUGUGCUUAACAGUAUCACGGUAAGGAAGGUCAAGGUGGCUGGCCUGUCACUGUACUCAGUUAUAUGAAAUAACCCUUGUUUUCUGCUGCGUGGUUUUGCGUGGUCCAAUUUUUUGUAGAUAUAGUUUUAAAAAAAUGUCGUGAGUUUUUGUUUCUCUUUUCUUCCAAGCUACUUUUUUUGUUGCAAUCUUCCAUCACUUUUCACUUUAUGGAAGAAUAAGUAGUAUGCUGGUAUUUUAGCUACUGGCUCAAAUCUAGUAUUACUUUUAUGUCGUUUCUGUUGAUUUGAGCUUAUGUAAUUGGGUGUUGUCUACUUUUUAUCAGGAUUGCUGGAAACAAGUUAAUGUUCGCAAAGCUGUUCUGCCAAAAUUGUGGUCUGUCUUAAAGAAUGGAGGCAAUGGCUGUGCUACAAUUAUUUUUCCUAACUUGCUGCCAUUCCUGAGUAAAGUCCCUUCAGAGGUUGGAACUAUUGUUAUAUAAUUUUACAUAGUACCAUUUGAGGCUUUACCAGACCAUUGAUAUCAGCCUUUUUUUAGGCCCACAUCAUUAAUGCUUUAUGAUUUUAGCAGGUGACACAUCCAUGACAACUUGAAAAUUCACCAACAACAAUGCUAAGAAAGAACAGCAAAGUCAGGCCACUGAAUUUAAUGUAACAGGCAGAGUUUCCAAUUCAUACCUACAGUAGGCCAGCCUUGCUCGUCAAAAAUCCUGUCAACUUUUGUCAUAUGAAUGCCACAGCAUUCAAGGAAUUGCAAUCCCUUGGGUUUUUAAAAGGAUAAAUUCCAUAAAUUCUACAGUACAUGCACUGUUAAAUGUUGUUAACUACGACCUUGUGAAUGGUAUUACACAUGUAUACAUUUGUAACGCUGAACAAGAGUGCUUUGUUACAUUAUUCUUUUACUAAGUAAUAGCAAUUGUUGAUCAUUUGUAGGUUGUUGGUGAUGGAAUAGGUUUCUUUCAUGAGUUCUUUAGUAAUCUACGUGAAGGCCUGUUAAAGGAACGGGUACAAAAUAGCUCAAGUGAAUGUUCAUCAGUGAUUGCAGCAUUUAUGGAGUGUCUAAGAUUUUGCCUUUUUCAUGAAUUUGGUGGAAAGGGUGCAGAUUCUACAGUACAAGAAUAUUUGAUCAAGGAACAGGUUGGACAGUUGUUACAUUUUAGUUUGUCCAUUUUAUUAUUUUCACAUGUAUUUACACUGCAUUUACAUGACCAAGGUUAAGGGAAAGCCAUCUUCAAUGGUUUCAAGAUCGUUGAAUUGCUAUGUUUCUUUUUAUUCAUGUAUUCUAUCUUCCUAUUUGUCAUUGGAACCAAAAACAAAGAAAGCAGCUCAGCAUAAUUUUGAUCCUUCUUAAAUUUCUUAAAGUUCACUUCAAAAGCGCAACUUAGAAUCUUAACUUUUUUUUUCGAUGAAGAGGUGCAAUCAUCACAAGCUACAUAUAUGGCCCGUGUGGUAGUAAGCUGGGAGGAACUGAGAAGACCGACACAGUUUAUUAGAACUACAUCUACGGACCUGCAACUGUACCUUAAAUAGUAACCACGUUGCUAUUGUUUUACAAAGUUAUCCUUAUUUUUCAUUUUGUUUUUUAGUUGCUGUCAGUAAUGGAAAACUCUUUGGAAAAGCAAAGUAAACUAGCACAGACUGAACUUUACUCUCUUGUUGCUGGCUUGUUGUCAUAUCUGUCCGUCAAAUCUGAAAGUGACUCCAAAUCAGAUGGGGCAGUGGAAGGGGAGGAGCAAUUACGACAACAAUUCAGGAACAUGUUAAAAUUGUUCUGGGAAGGUAUCAGCCAUCUCUGCCUGGAACAUCUCAAGCCAGUUGAUCAAGAGGUUAGGACCGUUUAAAACUAUUAUUUAAUUUGGUUCAUUUUUAUUUCAAUUUGGUCACUUUGUAAUACUCAACUGCAAAUGGUGUAUGAGAUCAGUUUUAUCUUCUUCUGAGAAAAAAUGGCUGUUUGAAUUAAAAUGUUUGGUUAUUUUGAAGGUACACGUAAUGAAACUUAAACAAAUUUGUAGUUAAGGCCUUCUAUUGGUAUUGCUCGAUUUCAAUGUGUCUUGCUCUGGAUCCACGAAGGGAAGGUCAAGAAAAGGGAGAUCUGUUUCUUUAAUGUUCUUCCGUUUGGGUUAUGCAAUGCACCACUGACAUUUGAAAGACUUGCCUUGUAAAUACAGUGAGAAUCCUGUAAAUAAGGGCUAGGAAAGUGUCGUUGUAUUAACGAGGUGAUCGUACUAACGUAGUUGUCAGAUAGCCAAACGACUCAGCAUUUUCUUUUUCUAUGGUUAAACAAUGUUAUGCUCAUUAUUAGGUGGUUGGAUAACAGGAGAUUAUAAGGCAAGGUUUUACGGUGCAAUAGUCAUUUUAUCUUCUAGUCAGUGAAUACUAAUCAAAAGCUUUGACAUUUCGUCAUAGUCUCACCAUGAAACUGUUGUCAUUUCCUGACAGGUUGACCAUGAAGCAGUUGCCUCCGUAUCUCAUUGUCUGGUUUCUCUGAAAAAACCAGCCACAAAGAGAAGAAAGCAACACAAGGUUGCAUUUACAGAGUCUUCCUCUGAAGUUUUGGAUAACAAGACUAGCGACCAUGGAUCUGCUUUGCUAAACACAAAUUGUCACCCUAUGGAUCUGUAUUUAACAGGAUCUGAGGAUGUGGAAAAACUGUAUUGUGGCUGUCUAUUGGACCUGGUUUGCCAUAUUUGUAAUCUGUGUCUGGAUGAAAUAUCUCAAAAGAAUUCGCUUAAACAUCUUAAUCUCCUCUCAAGACUUGUUCCCCAUUUUACAUCAACUCGUCUUAUGAGAACGUUAACUAGAACUGGUGAACAUUCUUCAAGAUUGACUUCAGUAGAUGAGGACAAUUACCGUAGUUUGAGUGAAUGUUUUCUUAAUGGCACGUUGUUUUCAUGGAUCAACGUAUCCUGCGAACCGUUUCUGUCUGAUACAAACGGAGAUGAUGCAAGUGGUGGCUUUAAAGACAAUAAAUCUGUUGAUUAUGUUAUUACAAUUUUUUGUGGGAUAAUAAAACCAUUGCCUCUUGAAAAACAGGAAGAUUUGGUAUCCAAAUAUCUUCAGGUAAUUUUUGGGUCAUCUUUUUUAGUUAAAAGUAGCUCUGAAGCUUGAACCUUACCUAUAGACAAUUAACCUGUCUUCCUACUUAUCAUAUACAACUCUAUGAUAUACUUGAUGUUAGUUAUUAACUCAUCGAUCAUUCGUUUUUCCAUCAGCAAAAUUCAACAGUCAGUUUCUUAUACAAAGUUCUUGAGCAGGUAAGAGUCUCUGAGAAGUAACUGUUGACUGUGUUGAGUAAUGUUGCAAUUUACGCGUCUAGUAUUGUAGUUGUGGUAGAGUUUAAAUAGUAAAUGGUACAGGUUAGGUGAUUAGCAUCACAGUAUGUUAGUAUGGAGUGGCUACUUUUUGUUGCUUCUUGCUGGCUCUUACUUGGGCUUGCUCUCCAAAAAAAGAAGUUUUCCCAUCCUAUCCUUUUCUUGCACGGUAUUUGUCAAAAACGCAUUAUUUAUCAUUUCCUCUAUGACAUUUGGAUGGUAAUUGAGAUUUUGCUAGUGUCAACGUUGUUGACGAAAUGUGAGAGGAACCAUACUAAGAUCAUCCAGGGUAACACCUGACAUGUUAGAAUAAAGUUUCUAACAGAAGAAAGAUGUUCGAAUUUACAUACUUUGAACAAGCGCUUCAAUUGUGCCUAAAUGUGGGAGAAUUUUCCUCUGUUUAAAACUUGAUGUGAGGUUUAUUAUCCAAUAUGAAUUCUAAAAAGUCAACAGUAAGGUAACAAUUUGAUAUAACUUUUAUAAUUAACAGUUAUUCCACGAGUGCGCAUUGGAUAUGAGUUGGCUAUAAUCAUCUCAUAUCCAACAAGCGCGAGUGGAAUAAUUGUCUUAUCAAAAACGCCCACAAAAUAUCGACAAUUCUUCCCGACUUUAUUUGUUUUUCAGCUUGCUUUUAAUUUUGAGCAGACUCGUACAGUUACCGUAUUUGGAGAGCAUGGUAUAAUGGCUCAUAUACCAUGAUGGCUAAGCCAAUCAGAGCUCUAGAAUUGCAUUAUCGAAUGAUUCAGGUAGAAGACAAGCGCGCUUUUACGCCACCUUUACGCCAUUGUUGGUUUUAUCACCCACUAACCAUGAGCGAGGUUCGUGAUACGCCAGCCGCGAUCAAUAUCAAAGUGACAAUCGUGAGACGAACGAUAAACUAUAUCCUUUAUACACAUUAUCCACGUUGAUUAAUAUCUUUCAUGACAAAAUUACAGUUGUUUGAAUCUCAGGUAAUUCAGGCCAUUACUUCCUCUUCCCUUAGGGACUGCAAUCUGAAGUUCUGGGCAUUAUUAGAUGGCUUUAUUCUGCGGAAGGAAAUGAAAGACUUCUUGCUUUAACAAGAGGUUUAGUGCUUCAUGUCAGCAGCGACUUCUUGAACAUUGCAGUUCUUUCUGAUGGAGACAGAGGAAUUGUUUGGAAGCUUCUACAGUUGUGUAUCGUGUCCAAACGUAAAGGUCAGUAAUAUCUUAAGCGUUUACCUUUUGCCCAAUACGUUUUGGGAGACUAUUUACUCCUUAUUUUAAAAUGAAAUAAAGCAAACCUAGAUGUUUCCUUUUGGCAUCGCGUGCGCUGAAAAUGACGUCUUUCUUGAAGGGAGUAAACUAAAGAUUUUGUUACGCCACUUGUUAGCUUUUGGAGAUACCUAGUGUGUGGCCACAAACAGUACGUUUGGGUGAACGUUAAUGGGUUCUUAUUCCUUAAAUGAUGACCCUUGUUUUGCAGUUGUAAUGCUGGAGAAAGGCGUUGUGGAGAAUAUAUUUCAACUCUUCAUAAGGAUUCUAAGACAGACAGAACAAGACAGUGAAAGGGAAUUGCUUCCGUUGCUGGACAUUUUAAAGAUGUAUCUCACCAACUGUGAAAAUUCUGUAAGUCGUAUAUUUCCCUGAUUUUAAAUUUGUCGUUGUUUUUUUCGUAAUCAGCCACAAGAUCUAACAAUAGAUUACAACAAGUGACAAUCAAGUCAUUGGGAGUUGCAGGUUACCCACACUACAUUUAACGUCAUAACCUUGGUUUGGUUAACCAAGAGUCAUAACUACUCUUGUCACAGCUCUUAUGAAUUUUUAUUUUCAGCCUGGCGAUGUUGCACCUUGUAUAGAAGAUCUUCUUCUUGCUGUGUUUCAGUUACAGUUGGUCAGGACGCUUCGGGAAUCAUGUAAGUAAACAGGACAGCGGUUGCCUAUCUUUUUUAAAAAAAUUGUCAGCGGACAGUAAAAUUUUGAAAAGUCAAAACAGCUUUCCGCUCUGUAAGACGUACUUUAAUGGAAGUCUAAGACGAGUAUAAACCUCUCGCCUUGGUUGUGUGUCGUAAGUAUUGAAAUAAGAAUCGCGUCUCUAGCCUGCGAGCAAGCUCUCCUGGGCGCUCUGGCGGCGGGGCGGGAAAAGGAAGGAAAGCUUGCAACUGCGUCUCUGGAAUUUGAAUAUCUGCAUCGAAAAAGUCGAUGCGAAAUGCUGAUUGGCAGAGAUGACAUUGGUAAUGAUGUCAUUACCCAUGGCACGUGCUUUUCAAUGUUUGUUUAUAUUUGCGCUCGUUUCCACUUCGCGUUGAUUAGCGGAAAUCUGGUUGCUCAGUUGACCGGGAGCCACGGGGGAAUUGGAGAAAUUCCAGAGACGCAGUUGCACGCUCCCUUCCUUUUCCCGUGCCGCCGCCAGUGCGCAAGUAAGUAAUGGUUCCAGGUAAGUCAAAUGUGAGAGCUGCUUGUCUAUUUAGGACAAGGUGAAAUUCAAAAUUUUUUCAAGUCCUGGAUUGAUCUCAAACACUCACUUCCUUUGUAUCUGUUUAUUUGUUUGUUUUUUGUUUGUUUGUUUUACCCGACUCUUUUUAAAUUAGUUCUAUUCUAAUGUUAAACCAGAUUCGUCUUUGUGAAUAAAUUAAAUAGAUAAAUGAAAGAAUGAAAGCAAGAGAUCAUUCUCUGUUGAUGAAAGUGUGCCGUGAUUGGCCUUUCGUGUUCAACUGGUUUGAGGGUGGUGCAUUGAACUUGAAAUUGUCCGUUUGGUCAUUUGAAACUGUAGACAGUAUUUCAGAAGGUAUUCCCUCUGUUUGAUUAAUAAUUUCUUUCACAGCGUCAGUAUCGCAGUCGGUAGCAGAAACCUGGCAAAAAGGAUUACAGGUUUUGAGUCAAGUUUCAUAUGACGUGGAUUCAACACCAUGCGAGACCCUUCUUCUAAGAGCAGCCUCGUUUGUCUAUGAAAAUCUAACUAAAGGGGAUACCCUUGAGAGGUAUGACACUCCUUAUCGCCUAUUUGUCGUCUUUCCCAGGCUUUGCUUUGUUACCCAUCGCUCGUGUAAUGCAUUCUUCUCAGGACGCCUUGCACUCUCCAUUUUCUUCGAUGUAGUAGAGUUUGUGAACGAUUUAGCCAUUUACACGGGAGGUAGGACAAGCUACCAAGUGACCUAGAACAGUACCAUAGAAUUUCGGCAAAUCCACCCGUUUGAAUUUCUGGCCCCUAACGGUUUCUCUCACUCGGUCUCAAAUCGUAUCUAUCGACUUGGGUGCCUUCUAUUUUUACUAAAAUAUCAUCAAUUCUCGGUUAAAAAGGACUUAAUGCACAUUUCUCCGUCAAAUUUAACUUUUCCUCUUUGUAUUUGUUUAGAACUUCCGAAACUGCGUACCGCCAAAUCACGAGUUUUAUUUACAUCUUAUGGUGCGAUCACUCAAUGCAGUUACAGAAGAAGGUUUCGUGGAUUUCACCCUUGGAAUUCUGAUGGUUUUCGUCAAUCGCGCUCCAUUGUCUCAGUGCAAUACUUACAGUCAUAGCAUUUGUGACGUGUCGUUUCACUGAAUUAUUUUCUUGCCGAACGUCUUAUUUCCGUUUGUAGCAAAACCCGACCAGACUGAGACCCAGAUGGUCUGAUUGUAGGGGAUCUCGACAGCUUCUUCUAAGCUGCAAUAUUUGUUUUUUUCCAUAGCGUGGAGAAUGUGGUUAAGGUAGCAGUUUGCUUGCUGCAGGAUUCAAGCCAGCUGUCUAAAAAAGAUGAACAUGCGCACAAGUCUUUGUCACAGAGUGUAUUCGAGGCCAUAACGCCAAAAGAGCAAGACCUGACAUUUUUCAGAAAUGAGUAUUCCAAGGUAGGUGAACACUCUCAAUCCUAGACGAAGUGAUGGUGAGCUGACUCGUUGUUCUGACUUUUGAAAUCCUAUAGUGUUGCCAUUCUAAUGAAACCUCUUCACCAGUACUUUCACAUGGUACUAUUUAUUUCGUAUGUAGUUUUAACUUUUGAGUCAGUGAAUGGAAUACUAUGGUGUGACCAUUCAAAUGAAACCUCUUCAGCAGUACUUUGACGUGGUACUAUUUAUUUAGUAUAUAGUUCUAACUUCUCAAUCUGUGGAUGAAAUCCUGUAAUGUUGCCAUUCAAACCUCUUUGGCAGUAUUAUUUAUUUCAAAGGAUUUUGAAAAAAGAAAUGUAACCUUUUUGGCGAUUGGGUUCUUUUGCCUCUUCUGAUAACUUCUUGGCAGAACUUUUGAAUACAUAUAUUAAUUUCAUAGGAUCUUCCAAAUAGAAAUGCAAUUUUUUUUUGGCGAUUUUGUUCUUUUGCCACUUUUUUAGUGAGGAGGAUAAUGUCAUAAUUUUGUCAAUAGUCGGUUAAGUACUUCACUUAGCCUGUGUAAAAAGCGCGAAGUCGUUCUGGUGCACUUAAAACUUUUGCUCUGUAGUUGUGCAUGUGUGAAAUAACUGGUUCAAAUUUUAACUUCCAGACGGAUAGAGCGAGAAACUAAGGGGAAAGUGAGAGAUGAUUUUAUCAUUCAAAACUAAUUCAAUAUGUACCAGAAAAUUAAGGUUUAAAGCGGCUUUGGAAACAGUUAACCGUUGUUCCCAUUUCUUCUCAUCUCAGAGCCAAUGGUUGUUGGAGCCACUUUUGAACGGAACACUUCCUGUUAUGUCUGAUGUACCAGACCAGCUUAAUGAAUGUCAAACUACACAAUGCACUUUCACAAAUCACCAGAAUAUGAUUUUGUUUUUCUCAAGUCUGGUUAACGAGAUCCUCUCAAGUGCUGAUGAUUCUUCGUUUCUGGCGAGUCUUUCUUUGCCAAGGAGCGAUUUGGUUCGCCUGUGGCUGGAGAUGAGUUGGGUACGACAAUGGUGUUCCUGUGUUUUGGGAUACAGUGAUAUGGCGGAGGUCAGUGAUUUGUAACAGUUACAGUUAGUAACCAAGUUUUGAUUGCACAGCUUUCAGGCCUAAAAAACCGAAAUGAAACAAGGGCAAAGGACUGAACUUGAUUCCCUUUGCUUUGAAUGCAAUUAGCCCUUUGCAGAACUUGGUGAAUAUGAUCGGGUGAACCUUCCUAGUUUAAUUCAAACGUCUUUUGAGUCUUCUAUUCCAGUCAUUUCGUUAAAUUUCCACAAGCAUAUUUAAAAUAAAAAUGCUUCGCUCGAUCGCACUCAAGGCUUUGUGAUCGGUAUGAACGCUUGGGUGGCUUGCCAUCCUCGUUAAGUAGUAUCUAAGCACGUGACCAAGUUCUGCAAAGGGCCUAUUGUUGACUUUUAGAUAUGGUUGAGGUAACUAGCAUACGUUCAGUUGAAGAGUAUCGACCUUUCAAAAGAGUAGGGUGCUUUAUGUAAGAGCUCCUUCAUUGAGCUGAAAAUCCCGGACAAAACUUAAAUAUUACGUGCGCACAAAGCUUUCAGCAUUUUUUACCUUUUUGCUCGCGAGUUUUUUUUUUUUUGUGGAGAUAAACGCACUAUUUCCUUGUGGACAAACUGUGGCGACGAAUCACCCGUAUAGUCAGCACUCUUUUAAGGACUCAGAUAUUCCUUAGACGGACAUUUUGAGGUGGUCUCUGUCUUCGCUAUUUUCUUUGACUCUCAACAAUGCGGACAAGUUUUUAAAACGGCGCAGAUCGUGACAGCGUUCGUCCCAGCCGACAGACUGUAUUCUGCGAUUGAAAGUGACCAAUUAUCACUCUCUAAUCUUACUCCGUCUUUGUUAGAAGUAAAUUUUUUUAUUUGUUUUUUCUUAGCAAUAUAUGGCGAGCGAUGGCAGCCUUGACCAAGCCAUUUACAGCCUUCUGGUGAAACUUCAGACCGGAAGUAGUACUCUGUUAGAUUACAUAAAUAAGCGAGGCUGGUGUGGGAGUCUUAUUACAGAUGCGCUUGCACAUUCACGAACCGACGGCUUUCUGUGGUGUCUCGUUCUAAAAGACGUGUUACAGGAAUUGGAGCGACUUGACCUUCAAUAUGACUCGACUUUACUGUUGACUGAGGUCCAAUCUCUAGCUUCCCUUGAAGAAAAGGAAUGCCAGACUCUGAACACUUUGGUGAACCAUUUGAGUGGUAUCUACGAACUGAAAGUCAUCACUGAACAGUUUGCUGCACUCUUGAGUCAAGAGAACGACGAGAGAGGUAGACCUUCUUCUGGCUUGUCUUUUUGUACUGAUUUGAUUGAAUCUGGGGGCAGAUAGUAUGGAGAUAUACCCUUUUCCCUUGGGCUUGUUGUGAUGGCUGCCUCACGGUACAACAUAGAUGUUGCAUUUUUCUUUUAGAAAUAUUCACGUAUGAAGUGAAGUCGCCAUUUUGUAGAUGCCCCGUCUUUUUUUUCUGUCAUUUGUCAAAAUAAUAGAAACUAUUUUUGAUUGUUGCGCAAUGCGGAUUCUAGAUCAUGAAACCAUUAACAGCUAGUCCUGAUUGCUCGACAGAUAGUUAACUAAGUCAAGUUUAAACAAACUUCUUAAACACCACCGGCAGCCACGCCAAGCCGACUGCCGCAGCCUGACCUUUAUUCCGUAUUCAUAAAAAUGUAUAAAUAACAUACCCCUAGAAAGGUGGGACACUAUCAAAAUUACAAAGUUGCACAUUACAUUUGAACAGCCUACAAAACUGAAAUGUUAGGGUGGGUGGGUGGGUGGAAAGGUCAGUCAUGGCAGACGCAACAAAAGCAACUGUCCUCCUUUCGGUCACAUGACCUAUACCCAGGCCCCCAGCAGUACGUGAGAAAAACUUUUUUUUGAAUGUUAUUACUUAUUUGGGGCUUGUAAGAUUUUUGUCAAAUUGUCAGUUUGAUUUGUAAUUUGAACUCUGGGUUGAUAAUAGUUCCCUUAACUCUGUUUUUAAGCAGUAGCCCUGAGAUAGUCUCCUUUGAUUUGCCAGGUUUUGCACGUUUGUUGGCUAUCAUUAGUGGUUCUCUCCAGAAGUGGUUUAUACAAAGCAAAGGCACUGAAGAAGCAUUGCUAGAGUGUCAACUGACUCUGACAGGUCUACUGGAUGAACUCGUGGAGUGGAAUAGCACUCAUGACAGCCUCGUACUCAUAAACAGCCCUUUAGAUGAAACCGUUUCAAUGGGCAUCUUGUCUUUAAAUCUGUCGCUUGCCAGAAUCCUAGAAAUGGCUGUUCGUCAUUGCCCAGACAUGAUGAACAACAAGCAUUGGGAUUUUGUGCUGUGUGUCUUGGCCGGUUGGUUGCAGGUAAUUUUCUUGCAGAAUAUAUGCUUUUUUUUCAUGAAAGCAAAUAGACACAAGGGCUUCUUUAAAAAUCUUCUCGCAACGUUUUAAGGUGAUGUUAGACGGGACGAUUCGCAACGACUAUUUUAAGCGCAACACAGCGUUGCAAUGUUGCAACAUUAUUGGUUCGACUGGAAACAAUGUCUCAACCAUGUUGCAAAGCUGCGUUGCGCUAAAAAUUGUCCUUGCAAAUCGUCCUGCGUAACAACAUGUUUUCUGGCGUACAACAGGAUAAUUUUGUCGGUUGGGGCGAGAGAUAACGAGUAAAACAACUUUCGUGCUACAGUGGAUCGCAGAAAGCAUUAAGAAGGGGUCGCUGUGUUGCUACACAUUCUCAAGCAAACCUUAAGAACGUCGGGAAAAUGGGAUGUUUCGUGUUUGGAAUUUAGUAAACCACACUCAGUUUCAGUUCAGUAUAUUUAUUUUGCCAGAAGAUACAGUUUGUGUGUACAUUGCAUUUGUAAGAGACGAUUAAGUACAUUUUUUGCGUUUUUAACUUAAUACCAUAACUGUGAAAGGUUUGAACCCAGGAGUCACUUCAAAAGUAGGUUCAGUUUGAUCGUCCGGGUGAACGUAGUCCUGAACAGGACUGUUGUUUUUGACAGUGACUGACGUUUCGAAAACCUGUGCGGUAGUCGAAUAACCAGAGUAUGAUCAAUAACCAGAGUAUAAUACCAUCAAUUGACGUGAUACAACUCACUUUGACUCUGAAGAUGACUACCGCACAGGUUGUCGAAACGUCAGUCACUGUCAACAACAACAGUCCUAUUCAGGACUACAUUCACCCGGACGAUCAAACUCAACCUACUUAAGACCAUAAGUUCAAUAUAUGUGCGGCAUAAUCAGAGUGAAAUACAAGUUAAUAUAAAUGGCAAGCAUACAAACGCACUGAACAGACAAAAAACUAACGAAAAGCAACAACACAACAUGAUGACCUAGUUUGGAUUUUUCUUUUUUAAAUUUAUAUUUUUAGCCUUGUAAAUAGCUCACUUAUUUUUUAUGGACACAACAUGUAAUAUCUACCAUGUCAUACAAACUAAUAUUAACAGAAAACUUCUUUUUACAAAUUACAAAUUUAACAGAAGAAAGAAAAUAACAAAUUUAGGCAAAUGCUUGCGGAGUUCUGCAAAGCGGAGACCUCCACACUCCGUGAUAGCCGCUGAUCGAAAGCCAUUUCCUUUUGCCGGACAAAAAAUAUUCUGUCACUUUAUGUCAUGGAUAUGGUUUACACAUCAAACCUUCUGAGUUCUAUAUUCAUUUCCUUUAACAGACGUGCGAAGAAAAUCGCUCAAUGCUGACAACUUCAUUGAAAUGCGUUGCUCUGUGUUGCCAAGUCUGUUCCCUUUUCUGCAACGUGGCGUGGUUCUUUCAAGAGAAUGCCUCUAAGCUAUCCAAAGUCAGCAAUGAGGCACAUUCCAGUGACGUAUCCAAUGAAAAAGCAACUGGUUCUUCAGAAAACGCGCCGGAGUUUCCUCCAAAUCUUUUAGUAGAGUGGCAGGAGUUCUUCAGUGGAAACUUGUUCACUACAGUAUUACAGUUGUUCUUGUACCAUGCAGGUAAGAGAGAGGGAGAGUCAGACUGUGCUCGUACGGUUAUCUUCUAGUAAACUCUCCCCUUGGGGAGAUUUUGGACUUGUAUUUUUGUCAAUGGAACCCGAAAGUAAGGGGGAAUUUAUGAAGACACAAAUUGACAGACAUUUACUAAUCCUGAUUUCUCAACUGUCCCUUAGAGGAGCGAUGCCACGAGGAUAUUGCUGUUUUAGGUCAAUUCUGUGCUGAAGUCAUUAUUGAAUGCCUUACCCAAACACAAAAUGCUCCUGUAGAGUUAUGAACAAGAUAUCAGACAAAUCUCAUCACGGAGCACUAACCAUAAUAUUAUAUUUCUGGGUGAUUUUUGCAGGCAUAGCAUUAAAACUUGAAAAAGGUACUCCAACGUUUUCAAGUUCCAAUCCAUAUCCAUCUGUGUCAUUCGUUGCAUCAGAAGACAGGAAAGAUUUUCUGUGCCUAAAUAUAGUCUCAAAUAACAAAACUGGACCAUUGGUUUUGGAAUUCAAUUGAUGCGAGAAAAGGAUUAGCUUUUUCAAAAAUAACAAAUAGCGUGAUGUAUCCCCUUUAAACCAUUAGAGUAGUGGCUGCAGUCAGACCAUGAACUCACGAAUCCAUGUUUAUCGCGAAAUGUGCUGCUUUAGUUUCUUCUUCCCACAGUGACAGACUUGAUAUUUUGAAAUCAACUAUAAAUAUACAUUAUUUUAUAUUCCAGGGAGUGCCAAGACGCCCAUUUUGAAGUCUCCUUGUGGUCAAAUCGAAUCAGCGAGUCCCUUGGUUCGGCUGUGAUCUUUACUCCAACCUCUCUUUUAAAGGAACAUAAAUUCCAUGAGGAGCCACAUGCGAUCACUGAAGACGCCUCUAAGAUUCCUCGAUGGUUAGAGGACCUCAUGGCACACUGCUUACCUCUCAUGAACUGCAAUGUGCGUGGACUUCAGGUCGCCGCGUACCAUAUACUUUCUAGGUACGUAAACUUCUUAUUCCCAUACCGUGCGAAUCCUCUUUGUAGGUCCAACAAUCUGUAAACAAAUGCUUGAGGUGUGAAGGAUUGGAUAGUACUGUGUUUGAACAGUAUCAUCCACUGGCGGACCUAGGGGAGGGGCCCGGGUCCUCACCUUGUUUUUAGGCCUAAUUGACGCCUACAGAGUCGAGAAAUAUUAUUUUCGAGGCCGGCCCCACUGGAUGAGGUCUGAGUGAGCAGGGACCACACUUCAUCAAGGCACUGAAUCCGAUUCGUUGUCUCUUACUUUUAGCAGUCUGGUACCCACUUAACUUAUCUGCUAUGUUAUGUUAUUAAUUUUUACAGAGUAAUGCCGGAUAUUGCAACACUGGAGGAAAAUGUGAGUGAGUCGGAAGAAAGUGAAGAUGAACCAAUAAGGUAUUUUGUUGUACAUAAUACAACCUAUGCACGGGGCAAAUGAUAUCACUGUACGGAGGAUAUAUUAAUCGUGGUGUACCAAAACAGGAAGAGAUAAUUAACUCUGAGUAGAAAUUGUUAGUGCUAAAGAUCAUCCCUGAGAGAAACAAAAAGAGUAUUUUAACUAACGUCGGUGGGGACCUCUGGAUCAGAUCUAUCGUUGCCCUGUCGACUGAGCUACAAGUCUAGACUGGAGCGGUUUGUAGGUGAUUGCAGUGGCAAAUCACGGCGAAGAGUUAUGAAAGCCAGACAUUAAUGUUGUGCCGAGUACUACAUAUGAUGCGUAUGGUGUCUGAGUAUAUUCUUAUGUUCUCGGAGUACAUGUAAAUCCUUUGUUCGAUCGUUUGUAUGGAGUAUAACGCUAUGGCUGUUUCAUACUCAGGUCCCCACCUACUCCUCUAAUAGAGCUGAUUAAUUCGACCAGCGCACGCAUAGCGGAGAUGUUGCGUGAAGCUCAAGUUCCCUUUGGUGAACAUCUUGAUAUGGCAGGCGACAGAGAGGCACAAAAUGUCAGCCUUGCUCUCCUGCUUGCCUGGAAGGUUCUUUUGCAUUUCUUUAGAAGCUUACCUCAAGAAAAACGAGUGGAGUAUGCCAAGUACAUCAGGCAAAACAAAAUGGUAGACAGUCUUCUUGGUGUGUUGUUUCGGCUGAUGCCACUGAAGGCGACCGGGGCGACGUUAGCAGACGACUGCGAGCCAGUGAUAGGACGUUUUGGUGGUCAGCGUACCAUUCAGGAGCUGGCGUGUAGUGUGUCUUAUUCCUUACUGCAGUGGAUGCCGGCUAUUGUUAGGCAGUGGUGGAAUGGUCUGGAUAAGCGUCAAUCUGCCAUAGUGGAUAAGUAAGUGAUUUUUAUCUGUUCUUACUGUUUAGCUACAGUCGUGUUGCAUGUACUUUCCAUAACCACUUUUUAAACUGAUGUUAGUCGUGAUAUUUAGAAAAACAUGUUGUUAACUGUUUCUUUGAUCUUUUAAUGGUUCAUUUCUUUCACGGGUUAAGAUGAACUCAUCAAAUUGGCCCACUCCUAAUGUAUGGGUCUUUAUAGCUCAGUUGGCACAGGAAUAAAGCGCUAUCGCAGAGGCUAUGGGUUCGAAUCCCGUUGCAGGCCCGGGACUUUUUUGGGGGUUAAUUUGCAAUUGCUUAAAAUUGCAAAGACAGCUGCAAAGAUAACACUCUUCUUAAAAAUUUUUUCUUUUGUGUUCACUUAGAUUCACAACCUCCGUCAUCACUCCUCAGUUAUGCCAGAGAGAAAUGCAAUUGGUUCAAAACUCGUCAAUCCGGUUUGACAACAUGCUGGUUAAGGCUCGGCCCAGUGCUCGGGAAGUUGCCGCGGUGUACACGGUCGAGGAUAUGUCAAUGGAGCUGGUAGUGAAACUGGCCCCAAACCACCCUCUGGGCGUAGUCUCAGUCGAGAGUGGAAGAAAAAUUGGAGUUGCGAAUGCGCAAUGGAGAAGCUGGAUGCUACAAAUGACAACGUUUCUCACCCAUCAGGUUUGAAAUCGGACUCUAGCGUUCUAGAGCUGGCAACAGUAAGAGAAGUCGAGGAGAGAUGAAUGUGUUGUUUUUUGUCUACUGUUAUUCACUCCCCUUCGACGACCUUCCGUUCGAAGUUUAGUUAAAGGGCUAUGUCACACUAUAGUUCUGCUAUGUAACGCUAUAGAUCUGCUAUGUCACGCUAUAGUUGUCUCUUUUUUUUUUAAGCUUCUCUUUACGUGUCUUCGAAUCAAUUGAAUUCCAAAACUAAUUUUCCAGUUUUGUUGUUUAAGAGCAUAUUUAGGCAUUGAAAUCGGUUUUGUCGUAUGUUUGUUAACCUGUUCAGAUCUUUUAAGGGGAAGCCGCAUAUUUUUAUUAAUUGCAGUGGACCUUUGUCCGUCUAAUAGCGUUCUGUUCUGCUCAAGUUAAAAUGUGAACCAACAAAAGUCUAACUUGUCUCCUUUUCUUUGCUGAACUCUCCUUCGCUCGACAAUGAAUUUCCUAAUAGGUCUUCUUUUCUAAUACCAUUUUGAGCACCAGUGGUGUAAUUUGACCGUUGUUUUGUAUCUUUUUUAGAAUGGCAGUAUCAUGGAUGGACUCAUUUUGUGGAAACGGAACGUGGACAAACGUUUCGAGGGCGUUGAUGACUGUAUGAUAUGUUUUUCCGUGAUUCAUGGCAGUAACUACUCUCUUCCCAAGCUAAGUUGCAAGACUUGCAAGAAAAAGUUCCACUCGGCCUGUCUAUACAAAUGGUUUAGCACAAGCAACAAUGCCACUUGUCCACUCUGCCGUAAUCUGUUUUAAUCAAAAUUCCGCUGCAGUUACAUGGCCUCCACGUCGCAAAGGAGUUACUCUCGUAUAAGCACCAGAGUAAAGUGAGCGGUGUCCCAUCUGUAUAAGCUUGUUUGAUCCAUAUGUUUUGAUUGGGCCGUUUCAUUUCAAAAAUGUGACUCUUUAUAGAGAUCAGGCCCAGAAUUUUGCGGGAAAAAUCACCCAUUUUGGUCCGAAAUGAAAAGGCGAAAACUAUACAACUGUAUGUUCAGAAGGUCAAAUCGUCACAUGUAAGGGAAUCCAAGACAGUCUUGGAUUCUGGAUUCCACGCCUCGGAUUCCGGAUUCCAGGUACUAGAUUCCAGACUGUUAGUGAAACUUGGAUUCUGAAUUCCAAUCUUUAGUAGGAUUCCGGAUUCCAUGUGCUGUAUUCCGGAUUCCAGUUCGUAGGAUUCCUGAUUUUACGAGCAAAAAUUUCUCGGAUUCCGAAAUAUGCAUUCCCUUACAUGGGGCGAGUCAAAUGUUAUGCCAGGCCCAACCAGGACUGCCAAGAGUAUCUCUCCCCCGGGGAUGUACUCUCGCCUUUUCUUCAGAACGGAAGUUGGGAAUAUUGUAUGCGGGAAACUUGAAACUUCCGGUAAACGCAGAAAGAGCGUAUGUGGAAUAAGGAGAGGGCCCAGUGUCACUUGGUUUAGCUUAAUAGCUCAGUGAAACACGGUGGGUCGGUGCAGUGGUUUGACAUAGAGGGGAACUUGCCUUCAUAAGGUUCCCUCUUUCUCAGUGUUUCAGGGCUCUUUUGCGAUCCAUAUUCACGAAAUGCGUUUCCUAGAACUGUAACAAGCCGUACUGGCGGAUUGCGAGGCAGAAGGUUUCUUACAUAUGGACGAAUCUAAGAGCAAAGCUCUCAUUAAUAAAUUUCAGUUUUACUUCAAACAUGAACCCUGUGAACAUUGCAAAGAAAUCCAUAGGGGAAAACCAUAUGACUAUUGAGAUUUGCGUGUAAAUCCACCAAUAGGCCAUUUCCGAGUUCCAAAAAACUCACUUUCAAAGCGAGGCUAAGUGCGAAG